CAUUCCGCCCGCCGCCACAGCCUCGUCUUCGCCUUUAUGUCGGUCGCCCACGCCGACGACCCAGACGUCGCCGCCGCAUCCCCCAAGUCCUGCGGCGACCUCCCCUCUGCCACCGCCACCCCGGCGGACGUUCUCUCCGUGGAUGGCGCGGAGGCGGUCUACCACGCCGAGCGUCUCCUUGCCAACGGCGACUUCUACACCGGGCAGUGGUGCGGCAAUGUUCCCCACGGAAACGGAAAGUACCUAUGGACCGACGGCUGUAUGUACGAAGGCGAGUGGCGCCACGGCAAGACCAUGGGGAAGGGCAAGUUUUCGUGGCCGUCCGGUGCCACCUACGAAGGAGAGUUCAAGUCCGGUUUCAUGGACGGCUACGGCACGUACACCAGCUCUCUCGGCGACACCUACCGCGGCGCCUGGUCCAUGAACCUCAAGCACGGCCACGGGGUGAAGUCCUACGCCAAUGGCGAUUACUACGACGGGGAGUGGCGUUCCGAUGUCCAAGAUGGCCACGGAAGGUACGUCUGGAAGAACGGGAACGAGUAUGUCGGGCAGUGGCGGGCGGGCAUCAUUGACGGCCGCGGCACCCUUGUCUGGGCAAACGGAAAUCGAUACGACGGUGGGUGGGAAGAUGGUUUGCCAAAGGGGAAUGGGAACUUCCGUUGGGCCGACGGAGGACUUUACGUUGGCUAUUGGGGCAAGGAGAACGGGAGCCUCCAGCAGAAGGGUGCAUACUAUCCAUCGCCGACUGCCUCAUCUCCCACUGCCCGGGAUCCCUCUGGGGUCUUGUUGGCAGACCUUGGAGAUUGCAAGGUGUGCCAGGGUGAUAAUGUGUCCAUUCUUCCUUCGCAGAAGACGCUAAACUGGUCGGGUGUCGAGGCUGACUUCGUCCAGAAGCAAGCAGCCUGGAGAUCUUCCAAAUCAGCAGAUGCCCAGCCUAGGAGGCGAGCAUCAGCAGAGGUGGUCUCAGCAGGGUUUACGCCAAGAGGGCAUAAUGGUCAUGCCAGUACAAUCAGCGGCAUUGGGAGCAAAAGUGGGUUCUGGGAUCCAGAUGAGCUUAUCAAUUCUGAUGCAGAGAGUGGAGGUGCAUUUGAGACAGGGGGAGCAACCAAGGGUGUUGAUGACUUUCUCGGUGAGCUUCAAUUAAAUGACGUAGAGUCAAGGGGGAUUGGGAGGAUCCAGCAACCAUUAAGGUGGCCGCCUAGGGAGAUAAAGAAGCAGGGGGAGACUAUCUCAAAGCGGCAUAAGAAUUAUGACCUUAUGCUAAAUCUCCAGCUUGGAAUCAGGCAUGCAGUAGGAAAGCUACCUGAGCCUAAAACACUUGACCUGAAAGCAUCAGCCUUUGACCCCAAAGAAAAGAUAUGGACAAGGUUUCCUCCUGAGGGAACAAAACAAACACCCCCACACCAGUCUUGUGAUUUCAAGUGGAAGGAUUACUGCCCAUUAGUUUUCAGGACUCUCCGCAAGCUAUUCAAGGUUGACCCAGCUGACUAUAUGAUAUCAAUCUGUGGAAAUGAUGCUCUUCGGGAACUUUCAUCUCCUGGAAAAAGUGGAAGCUUCUUUUACCUAACAAAUGAUGAUCGAUACAUGAUAAAAACAAUGAAGAAAUCUGAAGUAAAAGUGCUACUGAGGAUGCUUCCGGCCUAUUAUAACCAUGUCCGAGCUUUUGAGAAUACUCUAGUUACCAAGUUUUUUGGUUUGCACUGUGUGAAAUUAACUGGGGCUACUCAGAGAAAGGUUCGUUUUGUCAUAAUGGGCAAUCUCUUCUGUUCUGAGUAUCCAAUUCAUAGGCGUUUUGACCUCAAAGGGUCUUCCCAUGGUCGUACGACAGAUAAGCCUGAGGCAGAGAUUGAUGAAAACACUACUCUGAAGGACCUUGAUCUCAAUUUUAUAUUCCGGUUACAGAAGUCUUGGUUUCAGGAGUUCCACAGGCAAGUUGACCGAGACUGUGAGUUUCUGGAGCAGGAGAGGAUAAUGGAUUACAGUCUUUUGGUGGGAGUCCAUUUUAGAGAAGCAUCAGCCUCCCAAGAGACUGAUGUUCCCUGUGAUGUUAACAACACAAAUGAACCAACUCCCCACCUUUCAAGAGCAGAUAUGGAUCAGUUUCUUUGUGAUCCGACACGGUGGGCUUCAAUAAAACUUGGUGCAAAUAUGCCAGCUAGGGUUGAAUUAAUAGUCCGAAGGACCGAUGGUGAAUCCUUGCUAAUUAUGGAACCAACAGGAGAGUUUACCGAUGUGAUUUUGUAUUUUGGCAUCAUAGAUAUUCUCCAAGAUUAUGACAUCAGCAAAAAGCUCGAACAUGCUUACAAGUCCAUCCAGUACGACCCAACCUCGAUAUCAGCUGUUGAUCCAAAGCAAUAUUCAAAACGCUUCCGUGACUUCAUAUACAAAGUUUUUACAGAAGAAAUCUAGUAUGUUUACAUCGAAAUCUGCAUCUAUAUGGCAUUCAGCCUUUAUCUGUUUGCUCCACAUCGCAAUAUGU